CUAAAAGCCGCUCUUAUCAGAUGACAACAGGGGUUUAAAAUGUGGAGUAUUUAAACACCCUAAAAGUACACUGUACAUUGAAGGAAAAAAGCGUACAGUGCUGAUGUGAUUACAGGUCAUGGGUUCGUAUAUAAGAACGACCAGCGAACCUCUGAGAAAUCUCCAGCAUGCAAGCAUCCUUUCAACAGAACCUCUGCGUUCUCUCAGUGAAGAUGUUGCUGGCGUUGGCUCUGGUUUUGUUGGUGUUGAAUGCGACAGAGGGACGAAUACUGAGUAAAUGUGAACUGAAGGAGCAACUGGAGGCGGCUCAGAUUCAGGUGAUUAGAGCCACAGGAGACAAAACGACCGUGGAUAAACUCAUCGCUAGACUCGUUUGUAAUGUGAAAAACACUUCAGGCUUCAACACCAGCCUCGUCACCAGCUUCCAAAUCAACCAAGAUGACGUUAGACCUCCGUUACAAAUUCCUCCCAAACCAGAGGAGGAAAACCCACAAGCUAAGGAAGAAGAUGAUGAGAAACUGGAAGAUGAACACAUAAUUCCUGUCAAACCGCCAAGUCCUCCCAAGGGAAGGCGUGCAAGAUCUGUCCCUGAGGGCAAGACUGUUGAGAUACAAGGAGCCAAGCAACUUCUCUGGACGUGGCACCACGGUCUGUUUCCGGAAAAAAACCCCAUGGACUCGUACGGAAGCGGUUCGAAGGCAAUAUCCGAGAAAGAAAGCUCUGGAGACAGCUCGGAGGAAGAGGAGCGUGAUGACAUCUUCACCUGGAAGCUGUUGGGAAUCUUCCAGCUGAGCGACGGCGUGGCUUGCGAUCCCGGAUCGAGCGGAUCGCUCAAUCUUUGUGAUCUGAAGUGCAGUGCUCUCAUUGAUGAUGACAUCACUGAUGACAUCGCUUGCUUUAAGAUUUUGGCGGGAAACAGCAAUAAGUUCAGUGGCUUUGGUCCCAAGAAGAGGUUCCUCGCUAAGAUGUUGGGAAUGCUGCCAGUGAAGGAGUGUCGCUCUGUCCUACCUUCUAAGUACUUCGCUGAGUGUUCCUAGAACAUCCAGGCAGAUGAAACUUCUCCAUCUGAAGGCGGAAGCAUCUUCACCACUUGACAGUGGAGCCGUUUUUCAAUCACAAGCUGGAGACUCAAAUUGGACCUUUUCUUAAUAUAUGUCAGCUUUGACAUCAUAUAUAUGCUAAUGUACUCCAAAACACUGACAAAAUGAACAUUUAUGCAUUUGAAAUCUUCAUGAAGUAAAUAUGAAGUCCUGAAGCCAUGAAGUUUUGUCCAAUAAAAUGCUAUAAAAAUAUACCUCCUAAAAUAUACAUAAAAGGAAUGCUUAUGACAAGAAAUAGCUUUUAGCAAAACAUGAUUCAUGACUGUAACAUAAACUCAAAACUAUUUGCAAAGAAACAAGCCAGUAAUUUGGGUCUUUUAAGUUUUUAUCUUCUCAAGGUUAGAUGAGUUCACUUUGAGUGGUUAAAAUAUUUUUCUUAAGGCACGAUUGCAUUCUUGAUGCAGUCCUGGCAUUAUAAGAUUUAAUCUAGGUACUUUUUAAAACAAAAUCAUAUCUAGCUUUAUGAUCUAAAUCAAAUCUGUUUUUGUUCACGUUGCAGAUCUCUCCUUGUUCCCAACUUACUAAAAGUUUUGUAAAAUGUUGUGGCCUUUUUUAAUACUUUUAUUAAGCAAGACGCAUUAAAUUAAUCAAAAGUGACAGUGAAGACAUUUAUAAUUUCACAAAAAUGCUAUUUCAAAUAAAUGCUGUUCCUUUGAACUUUAUAUGUUUAUUCAAGAAUUCUGGAAAAAAAAAAAGCUUUCAUGGUUUCCACAAAGAAUAUGAAGCAGCACAAGUUUUCAACAUUGAUAUUAAUAAUUAAAGUUGUCUUGAGCAGCAAAUCAUCAUAUUAGAAUUAUUUCUGAAGGAUCA